AUGCAGGGCAGACAGAACGGUUACCGGCAGGUACUUAACCAGUACAGAUAUAUUACAGGAUUACAAAAUCCUAAUGUUAAAUAUGUGCCUUCAGAUGUUUGUCCCGGACCUGAAGAAAUAGCUAUUUCAGAUAAAAUAACAUUAGUCGUAAUCGACAGCCAGUGGUGGCUGCAUAAAGUCGAUAAGCCCGGUGUUGGUUCUGGUUGUGAUGCCAAUACAGAAGCAGAGUUGUUAAGUGUGUUACAGGAAAUCGUGGACCGUAAUGAAGAUAAAUUAUUACUCUUCGCUGCACAUCAUCCAUUUGUAACGUUUGGCAGACAUGGAGGAUAUUAUAAUUUAAAACAACAUAUUUUUCCUUUCACUGAGCUCAAUCCUAAACUAUAUAUUCCUCUACCGGUAUUGGGUUCUAUUUAUCCCAUUGCACGUGGAGUAUUUGGAAAUAUCCAGGAUACAAAACAUCCUGUUUAUAAAAAUUUCAGCAGGGCAGUAGACAGUAUUUUAAGUCGUCAUCCUUAUUGUAUAAGAGUAGCAGGGCAUGAACAUAAUCUACAAUUCAUUGAACAAAACGAUCAUUAUUAUAUUGUGAGCGGUGCGGGUUCUAAAGAAUCUGACAUUACCAGCGAUGACGAUCUGUUGUUUUCAUCAAUUAAAACCGGCUUUGCAACGAUCGAUAUGGUUAACAACGGUAAUGUGUAUGUAAAGUUUUAUUCUUCUGAAAAUGAUACAGUGGAUAAACCUCUUUAUGUAAAAUCCCUGGGGCCAAUUGAUUCUAGCCAUAUAAAAAAGACAAGUUAUAAAGUUCCUGUUCUUCCCGAUUCAGUAGUUGUAGUUCCUGCUAAAUAUUACCAGGCACGUAAAUUUAAAAAAUGGUUACUGGGUAAUAAUUAUCGAGAUGAAUGGACAACGCCGGUUAAAGUAAAAGUGCUUGAUUUAGGAAAAGAAAAAGGAAGUACACUUCAAUAA